UUUUGCAACACUCUUUACCUCAACCAGCUGUUUGGCCGUUGCAGCACGUAGCGCGUGUUUUUAUAUAAAUUGACUAUAUUAUCAAUUAAAAAGCAACUAAAAUGUCGCUUAUAACGCGCGUGCUAAACGGCAACUUGCCGCUGCGCAUCAAUGCCAUCAACACGUUGCGUCAGUUGCAAUGCGGCUACAGCUCGCAUGCCAAAUAUGCGGAGCACAAGCCCAUCGAACGCAUACGCAACAUUGGCAUCUCGGCGCACAUUGACAGCGGGAAAACAACGCUGACCGAACGUAUCCUUUUCUAUACCGGACGCAUUGCGGAAAUGCACGAGGUGCGUGGCAAGGACAAUGUGGGCGCCACCAUGGACAGCAUGGAGCUGGAGCGGCAACGUGGCAUUACAAUCCAAUCAGCUGCCACUUACACCAUGUGGAAGGACACCAACAUCAAUAUCAUCGAUACUCCCGGUCACGUGGACUUUACUGUGGAAGUGGAGCGUGCUCUGCGUGUCCUGGACGGUGCUGUUCUGGUGCUCUGUGCCGUGGGCGGUGUACAGAGUCAAACGCUGACAGUGAACCGUCAAAUGAAACGCUACAACGUACCCUGCUUAGCAUUUAUUAAUAAGCUGGAUCGUUUGGGCUCGAAUCCGUAUCGUGUGUUGUCGCAAAUGCGUUCCAAGAUGAAUCACAAUGCUGCCUUCAUACAGCUGCCUAUUGGCGUGGAAAGUAAUUGCAAGGGCAUUGUGGAUCUGGUGCAGCAACGUGCCAUAUACUUUGAGGGCGAACACGGCAUGGACAUUCGCCUAGAUGAAAUACCACAAGAUAUGCGCGUCGAAAGCGAUGAGCGGCGACAAGAACUCAUCGAGCAUCUGUCCAAUGCUGAUGAGACGUUGGGGGAACUGUUCCUGGAGGAGAAAUCCUUCACGGAGGUGGACAUCAAGGCAGCGCUGAGAAGAACCUGCAUUAAACGCACUUUUACACCUGUCUUGGUGGGAACAGCUCUCAAGAACAAGGGCGUGCAACCGUUGCUCGAUGCUGUCAUCGAUUAUUUGCCCAAUCCCGGAGAGGUAGAGAAUCUGGCGUACAUCGAGCAGGAGGGCAAGGACCGCCAACAAUUUGUGUUGAACCCGGCGCGCGAUGGCAAGGAACCCUUUAUGGGUUUGGCCUUCAAACUGGAGGCAGGUCGCUUCGGUCAACUGACUUAUCUGCGUUGCUACCAAGGUGUGCUCCGCAAGGGCGACAACAUCUUCAAUGCACGCACAAACAAAAAGGUGCGAAUUGCUCGUCUGGUGCGUUUGCACUCCAAUCAAAUGGAGGAUGUCAACGAGGUCUAUGCUGGUGACAUUUUCGCCUUGUUUGGCGUCGAUUGUGCUUCGGGUGAUACUUUCACCACAAAUCCCAAGAAUAACAUGUCCAUGGAAUCCAUAUUUGUGCCAGAACCCGUUGUCUCCAUGGCGAUCAAGCCAAACAACACCAAGGAUCGUGAUAAUUUCUCCAAGGCCAUUGCACGCUUCACCAAAGAGGAUCCCACAUUUCAUUUCUACUUCGACAACGAUGUCAAGGAGACACUUGUCUCGGGCAUGGGCGAAUUGCAUCUGGAAAUCUAUGCACAGCGCAUGGAGCGUGAAUAUGGUUGCCCAGUGACGCUGGGCAAGCCAAAGGUCGCCUUCCGUGAGACGCUUGUUGGUCCCUGUGAGUUUGACUAUCUGCACAAGAAGCAAUCGGGUGGAUCUGGACAAUAUGCGCGCAUUAUUGGCAUCAUGGAACCCUUGCCACCAAAUCAAAAUACGCUGCUGGAGUUUGUAGAUGAAACGGUGGGAACCAAUGUACCCAAACAGUUUGUGCCCGGUGUGGAGAAGGGUUACCGUGAAAUGUCCGAGCGUGGCAUGUUGUCAGGACACAAAUUGUCGGGCAUUCGCUUCCGCCUUCAGGAUGGUGGUCACCAUAUUGUGGACUCUAGCGAGUUGGCAUUUAUGCUGGCCGCUCAUGGCGCCAUUAAGGAGGUGUUCCAGCAGGGCGCUUGGCAAAUUCUUGAGCCCAUUAUGUUGGUCGAAGUCACAGCGCCUGAGGAGUUCCAGGGCGCUGUUAUGGGACACUUAAGCAAGCGACAUGGUAUCAUCACGGGCACCGAGGGCACUGAAGGUUGGUUCACCGUCUAUGCGGAGGUUCCCCUCAACGAUAUGUUUGGCUACGCCAGCGAGCUGCGCUCGAGCACGCAGGGUAAGGGCGAGUUCACAAUGGAGUACUCACGCUAUUCCCCAUGUCUGCCCGAUGUUCAGGAUCAGAUCGUGCGUCAAUAUCAAGAAUCCCAGGGUCUUUCGCAUCCCGAGAAGAAGAAAAAGAAGAACUAAAUCACAACUCUCGCUUAGCUUAAUUUUUUAGUGUUUAAAGUCGAUUGAAUAAUUGUAAUUUAUGCAACAAAUCCUUAGUUUUUACUGUGAUAAUUCACUGACAAUUUGUACAGAUUUUUUUUGCGUGAAUAAAAGCAAAAAUUAAGCGCAAAUUUUAAAUUCAAUUCAAAUUGUGCGCGCAACAUAUUUGGUAUUUUUAGUAUAAUCUUAUAGCUCUAUACAACUCAUUUUCAUAUGUUUAAAGUGUUUUUUCUAUUUUUCAUUGCUAUAAUCACUAUUAAAUGCUUUACAUAUUUUUGCGAAUGUAAAAUCCUAAAACUAAUUUGUAAAUUUAAUUCAAACUGUGUCCGCAAAAUUUUUGGUAUUUUGUAGUAUAAAGCUGAAAUGCUCUUGGUGACUUUAUUUCCGAGGCUUAAAUUUAAAAUUUGAAAUGUAGUUCGUGUACUAAAUCUUAAGAUUUUAUUAUGCCAAUCGCAGCUCAAUCUUGUGCAAGUUUUAGAGAAAAUAAAUUCAAGAACUUAGAAUUUAUUUUGUGUACUUUCCAGUAAAUACCACAUAUAACAUAAAUUUGCUGGUAACACUGCGUCGCAAAAUUAACAUUGUCAAUGUGAGCACAACAGCUUCCUGUUAGCGCGACUGUCAAAUGUUAACGCUGUCGUAGUCGUUGACGUUGUUGUUGUGUCGACGUCGAGCCAACGGUGAGCAACGUCGCGCGUGAAAUUAAAAGAAAAUAAUAAAUAUUGAGCAAAGCAUUGACGUUGCGUGAGGUUCGCAUGCGAAAAAAACAAUGCGCAAGAAUCGAGUGCAAACAAACG